GAGUGGAAUAAGAGCGAAGAAGCAAGCAGUAGCAGGUAGCAGGCAUAGAGAGUGAGAACUGAGAAGAUGCCGAAGAGGACAACGCACACAUACUCGAGCGAGGAUGCGGCUCCGGAGGGUCCACACUCGGAUCUCUUUGUUUACUACUGCAAACACUGCGGUUCCCAUGUCCUCAUUACUGACACCCAAUUGCAGAAAAUGCCGAAAAGAAAAACUGACAAAGCUUAUGUGCUGGACAAGACCAAACAUCUGGCCCGCUUCAACAUCGAGGAAGCAGGGAAGGUUCUCUUGAAACGAGGAGAGGGCAAAUUGGAGAAACAAUUCCGCAUGAACUGUAUGGGCUGCGGUCUCUUCGUCUGCUACCGCGCCGACCAAGAUUUCGAUUCUUCCUCUUUCGUAUAUGUUCUUGAUGGUGCCCUCAGUACUGUUGCUGCGGAAACCAACCCUCAGGAUGCUCCCGUUCCCCCCUGCAUAUCCCAGCUUGAAGGAGGUCUUGUUCAGGUUGCUAUUGAAGUCGAAGAUCGUGCACAACGUUCCGCAAUCACCAGAGUAAAUGCUGAUGAUGUUCGAGUCACUGUUGCUGCUCCUGCUGCGCGUGGAGAGGCUAACAAUGAACUUUUGGAGUUUAUGGGAAAAGUUUUGGGUUUGAGAUUGAGUCAGAUGACUCUUCAGAGAGGAUGGAAUAACAAAUCAAAACUUCUUGUGGUGGAGGAUUUGACUGCUAGACAAGUUUAUGAGAAGCUUUUGGAGGCUGUACAACCUUGACGUUGUUUUGUAGCUUUAUUAUCCAUGUCUUUGCCUGUUUGGAUUCCCGUCAUUAAUUCACGUUUUCAUGAAUUUGACAGAGAAGCAAGAAAUAGUAACUUCUUGUUUUCACGUUUUUUUACGCGAGUUAAGUGUUGUGGACGUGAAACCAAACACAAACUCUGUUGGUUUUCUGUGAGGUACCGGUUCUUGUGCAUUUUUCAUAGUAAGCCAGGUUGAACCUAAUUUUUUCUGCAAAAAUGAGUUUGGGGUUUAAAUUUCAAUUAUAAUGUUGUUACAUAGAUACACACAGCUAUGUUGUAAUUGAAAAUCUUGCUUGCUAUGACAAUGUUCUAACACAUUAGUGGAUCAAAUACUUGGUUAUGAGAGAGAAAUAUAUCAAGAUCAUUUUUUUUGGCAAUA